AUGACAAGCGCUAUCUCAGCAGAGGUCUCACAGAGACCGGACCAUAGUCAGCGACGCACCUAUGAAACAGAACUCGAUGACCGUCCCAAAGAGGAUGUUCGGUCUUCACCCAAAAAAGCGAAAAGAGGGAAAUACGCUUCGAAGGCAUGUGUUCAUUGCCAGCGACGCAAGAUUAAAUGCGAUGGGAAUGCUCCCUGUCAGGCUUGUACAAUCAAGGGACGGGACUGUCAGCGAGUGGGUACAGAUAUGCGGGGAAGAUGGCGAGCUGCAGAUCAUGUUUCUGCAGGAUCCAAAGGUUUGGCAUCUCGCAUGAGUCGAGUGGAGCGUCAACUGGGCCUCGUGAAAGAGCCAGAAAGACGUCGACGGGGUGAACCCGACCAGACUCAUGGAGAAUCCAUUGAAGGGCUUUCUCCACAUCAAAGGCGGGAAAAUGGCUCGGUUUAUGGAUCGAGCACUCGAAAUCCGAGUCCACAGCUGCAAGUUCCGGCGUUUUCUGGCGAGACGUCCAUUGCACACAAUCUCACUGUCGUUGAGGGACGGCUAGAGCAGAUGGGUGUACAAUAUAAGAGACUUCGCUCUGCAUCGCCAAGUCAAAGAUUUACAUCACGUCUCACACCCUCACCAAACGAAUCAUCGGAUUUGUCACCAGAACAACAGACAGGCCUCAUUCAAAAGGUUUUGGAUGCCCAUCGCAUCGCGCCCAAUCGACGACAGUGGGACAGUCUUAUGCACACGUUUUGUGAUGAGGUGCAUAUUCUUGUGCCGUUUCUCCACCUUCCAAGUCUGUGGAAACUUUAUGAUGAUCUGUGGAGAUCCGGAUUCGGUCGCCAAUCAGACGGUCAAUUGGAGAGCGGCAGUCACCGUGUGCGAACCGCUCACAUUUUACUCGGCAUUGCCAAUGGAAGAUGUGUGGAAUCCUCGCGUCUAGAAGAGGAUCAAGGCUCCUAUUCUGCUGGCUGGAGCUUAUACAGCGCCGCCAGAGAUAUGUUUGGUGACCUGAUUGAUGGAUUCCGGCAGUGCGAGGAUCAAAUACUUGUCCUACAAACAGUUAUGCUAAUGGUUGUUUACCUGUUUCGUCUUGAUGCGCACGGAUCUGCCGAGAAGAUUCUGGCACUCGCAAUAUCGCAUGCACAUCAUCUUGGCCUUCAGAGGGAACGGGUUGUCAGCGCAAUGUCACCAUUCCAGAGCCAGAUGGCUCGUCGUUUAUGGUGGUGCAUCUACCUGUUGGAUCGAAGGUUGGCCAUCGAAACUGGUCGUCCAUUCCUCAUCCAAGAUAUCAAUGUUGACGUGGGACUUCCUGACAAUGUCAGUGAUGAAUGGCUAACGACCCAUAAAACGACUCAGCUUGCAACGAGGGUCAACAUGUCAGACAAGGAAGGAAUUUCUACGUCAGUUCCCUAUCUGAUAGCUAUGACUAGCUAUUCCAAAGUCAUCGGGAAAGUGUGGGAAGCUCUCUACGGGGCCACCACAUCGGAGGCAACCACAAGUCCUCUGCUCAACGAGUACCUUGAGCACCUGACAACCCAAUCACAGAAAGGCCUUCAAAAGGAAUUCACCCACGACCCCUAUCACGAAGAUAAUUAUAAUAGUGAAGGAUUGGCCUGGUGGCAAGUGAAGCAACAUCUCAUGAUGCGUAUCAGGUGGUGCUCGCUUUAUCUUUUGAUCCGCAAGCCCAUGCUUCAAAAAGUGCGGUGCAACAAUGAUUCACUGUCUGAAGCAGUAGAGAACGAGGUCAUCUGUAUGCGCCUGGCUCAGAGAAUCAUCGAUGACUUCAGAAACGUACCGGAAGAACAUCCGAAGUACACGUUUCCUUUCUUGCAUUACUUGACUAGUGCUACCAUUAUUGCACUAGGGCUUAUUAUCAAACAGCCUUCAUUCAAAAGCUCCUAUGGGGCCCUGACGCUGAGGGCUACCAAGUCUCUAUGGGAGCAUUGUCGCAAAACAUGGAUGUCUGGUAAAAUGGUCCAAACUGUAUGGAAACUGAAUCAAAUAGCAGAUGCUAUUCUGAGCUCCCAUGACUCACCAUCAGACCGCACAUCUCGCUUUGGCGGCAGUGUAUCUACUCUUCUACCCGCCGCUGGUUUAGUCCAGUCAACCCCAAAUGAUGAAAGAAAUCCACCCAAACAAUAUACGACGGUCAAUCCGACCAUUCGGCCGCCGCUGUACUCGUCACAAACUCCAAUAGGAGCUCGAAACUACGCCCACGUCAUUGACAACAAUCAUAUUCUUUCAGAGCCGGAAGCUGGAGCGAUUCCAGGAGCCACAGAACCACAAAAUCACCAGAGAAACGAUACGACACAGGCACGAGCUGGAGCUGCUGCCUCAAUGUUGGAUUUUGUUGGCGGUCGUCGUCCUGCCUUGAGAAAUGACAGCUCGCACAGGCCGGAGGAUUUCCCAUACCCAACAGGACACAUGCACUGUCAGGCAGAAGCCUAUUUUGAAACAAGAGGCUGCAUGGAGACUCGUGACGGUCGUGAUCACGGGGCUAGUUCGUCACAGAUAUACGAUACUGUACCAUUUGAAAUGGGUCUGGACGCGCCGUUACCGGGAGAAAGCAUAAACGGUGGAAUGGAAUGGUUACAAUCCCUGUUUUCCAAUGGCCUUGAUUCCCAGAUUCUACCUGUAUGGGAUUGA